AUGUCGAAUCCGGCGUUCUUACGUCUCGUUCCGAACACCAAGGUCAACAGAACAGGUUAUGACCUUGUGAUCACGACAUUCGACUCGUUUCCUUUCACGAUAGACCACGUCCGAUAUGUCCCGGAUGUCGGCCGCCAUCUUGACGACCCAGCCAAUUGGAGGCCUCGUCUCAUCACCGAUCGUCUGCGCUUUCCGAACGAGGUGGACAUAGUUCCGGGUAGACGAUGUAUUCCAUCAGUCCGGCAUCCUAAGUGUUCCCAGCGGCUUCUUCUCUCCGACAAAUCCCACGGGGCGGUGGAUCUUCUGCAGGGAUGGGCGCAACAUGAAGUUUCCCCGGUGACGAUAUCGAGCCAGGCGGCCGGGGAGGAGUGGUUCUACCACCGAGUGGAGUGGGUGGACAUGAACGGUGACGGCCGGAAGGACGCUCUCACCGCUAGAGCACACUUCGACCUUGUGGGAGCGUCCUCAAAAAGUCAGCUGGUCUGGUUCGAACAACCAUCGUCCUACCCAGCGUUGUCGCCAUCUUGGAAAGGUCACGUGAUCUCCGACUGCGCUGAUUUGUUCUUCCGUUCUGCAAAGUUGAAUUUUGGCGGGAAAAACAAAACCGUCAUCUUCAGUGCGGGGUACUUCACCAAGAAGCUUUGUGUUACCUGGACGGAAGAUCCGAACGGAGAUUGGAGCGACGAAAAGAAAAUCGUAACGAGGACUAUAGAUGAUGAGCUGGGAGUUUACUACUCUGUGGAGGUCGCCGAUAUAAAUGACGACAAAAGACAGGAACUUCUGGUUACCGUUAGCAAUCCAGAAAACGGCACGGUACUUGUGUACGAGAUCCCCGAUGACGUCGCGAAGGGAACAUGGGAACGACGCCUCAUCUGCGAUAACUUCACGGUCCCGGGUGUGAUCAAGUCGAAGGGUCAGGGGUCACCUGGGCUGGCCCUCCCCUUCUACACUUCUGUAGCAAACAGAACGGGGAAGCCCCACAUCCUGGUCUCGGGGUAUGACGACGGACAUGCGUACAUCCUCUCACCCGUCAGUCAGAGCGCCACGGAUUGGAGGUACGAGCGGAAGUCAUUCAACUAUUGCCACGGUGUGGUCGGGAACGGUUUCCAGAUUGGUGACGUCAACAAUGACGGCAUCCUGGAGGUAUUCCUGCCCUGUUACAGCAGGGGAGAGAUUGACAUCUACCAGGUCAUACCCAACUGA